CUACUCGUAUUCAUUUGCAAUGCACUGAAGAAAGAAGACAUUUACGAUUUAUAGUUAGUAUUAUUGAAAGUAAUCUUAUUCGUCUGUGUUUAGCUGACCAUAGGUUUUAUACUUGUCAUCUUUUUUAAUAAUCAAAUUACUUCACACUUCAUUUUAUGAUAAUUAUUUUAUUUCAGAUGUAAAUUUGUACUGAUUACUAUUCAUCUGUUCCAAGCUUACGCAUCUUUGUUAUCAUACACUCAAUCAACCGCAAAGAAACACUUAUGCCAAUAGCUAAUUCUCGACUAGAACGUUUACAAUUGAAAAAACUUCUUCAGUGUGUAAAUAAUAAAGAUGUGGAUCAGAUAAGAAAGUUGGUUGAACAUGGAGUACCAAAUAUUAUCAAUUACAAUGAUCCAGAUAAUGGACUGACAGCGGUAAUUUCUGCUGUCAAAUCUGAUGAUAUUCAAAUGAUUCAACUACUUUUCUCUCUCGGUGCAUGUACAGAUAUAGUAGAUUUCGAUGGUAAAACAGCUUUGAUGACAGCAAUUGAAAUUGGAAAUGAUAAAAUUGUAAAGAUAUUAUUAGAUAAAGGCGCUAACAAGAAUGCAAGUGACUUCAAUGAAAAGAAUGCUUUAUUUUACUGCAUAUCACCGACAAACUCGCAUUUUAAAUGUCUUAAUUUAAUAUUGGAUAAAAAUAUGCUAAUUGAUAAACAGGAUGUUAAUGGACAAACAGCAUUGUACAGUGCAUGUAAAAAGUCGGUUGAAAAUGAGAAGUUUAUUCUUGAAUUACUGGAUAAUGGUGCCAAUCCAAACAUUCGUUCUAAAAACGGAAGAACUCCAUUCAUUGAAGCCUGUGGAUCAGGUAAUAGUAAAGUAGUUGCUGCAGCAUUACGAGCUGGAGCUGAUCUCAAUGCCUUCGAUAGUAGAAAACAAACUGGAGCACACUUAGCUGCUAAAAAUGGUCAUUUAAAAGUACUUUUUGUACUCUCUGCUUUUGGCUUUGAUUUUAAUGAUGUUGACAUUGAUGGCAAUAAUGCAUUACAUAUGGCCGCUGCAGUGGAUGAAAUGUGUUGUAAAUUUCUUGGGCAAAGAGGUUGUGAUGCUAAAGUAAAAAAUACAAAUGGAAAACUACCACGAAAUAUUGCUACUGAUGAAGGUAAAAAAUUGUGUGUAAAAGAAUUGCGUAAACUUGAACGUUUAACAAGUAGAACAACUGUGAAAAAUACAGAAUCUUGGGCAAUACGAUUAUACGAUUGGUCUAUUGUUUACGAAAGCGAUCUUAGGGAAAGAUUUACUGAGAUUGCACAAAGAUUAACUAGUGAAUUAGAAGUAAAAAGUGAAUCAAGAGAAUCUAAUAUAAGUGAUUCACAAGAUUUGGGAAGUAGAAAUGAUUUCCAAGCAAGUGAAAACAGUUUAAUCACAGCGGUUGGUGAUAACGCAUCGGUUAAAUUACAAUCUGACCGAUCAAAUUCCAAAAGAAGUACUAGUCGACGAAGGAAACGUUCUAAGCAUCGUAGUACAAGUCGUUCUAAGAGUAGAAAACCACUCAUAAAAAGAAUUCCAGUAGAAGAGUUUGCAUCAGUGAUUGCUUCAUUCAAUGCACCAAUAAAUGAAGAUAUUAUUAAAAAAAUAUUAACCUUACAUGAGAAAAAUUCGGAUGGCUGUAUUGACUGGGAGGAAUUUUUGACGGGGAAAAAAUACUUAAACAAGAACUACCUGCUUUCAGCUUUCGAAAAGAAGAAAGGGAAGAAGAAGAAAAAGAGAGGCGGUAAAGGUGGAAAACGUAGGAAAAUACCUAUGGAUAUUUGUAUGUUACCCCCAGAGGCAAUUUAUCGACGAGCUGACGGUGGACCGCCUAUCAUGUACAUCCCUAAACAGAUUCACCACACCGACAUAAGUCGUUUUGAUGCUGAUCAUCCACCCAUAAACCCUUUUCAAGAUGAUUCUGCUUGGUAUUUAGAUACACCAAGACGUCAGUACAUAAGUUUUCAUGCUGCAGCUUUACAUAAUGACUUGGAUUCUAUUCGAUUGGCUUUAUCUGAAGGAUAUAAUAUUGAUACGAGAGAUAAAUUCUACAAAACACCUUUAAUGGUUGCUGCUCAUCAUGGGAAUUUAGAUGCAGCUAUUGAACUUAUUAAACUAGGAGCAGACGUAAAUGCACGUGAUAAUUUCCGUUGGACACCAUUACAUCAUGCAGCUCAUUCAGGAAUGAUUGAUAUGGUUGAAUUACUACUGAAUAAUGGUGCAAUACUCGAAGCUAAAGCAAUGAAUGGUGCAACACCACUCUUUCGCGCUAUCGAGUGCUCGAGACUCAAUGUAGUAGAUUAUUUCUUAUCUAAAGGAUCAAAGCUAUUUGUAGAAACACGUAAAGGUGAGAAUCCAUAUGUUGUAGCACUGAACUGGUCUGAUCCAAGAGUAAUAGAACAUGUACAUGAUAAAUGGGAGUUAACUCAAGAAACGGCUGAAAAACAGAAGAAACAAGGCAGUGCUAAACGUAAACGACCGGGUACAGCUAGAUCAACUACUUCAAGCAAACGUGCACAAUCCUCUAGCAGAAAAUUCUCUCCGCCAGAUAAUCUACCUGGUUUAUAUCCUGAUUUAAUAAAUAAACCUUUUCAUCUAUCCAACUUAAUUAGGCAUACACGUUCAUUAGAAAAAACGCUAAGUUCCCAAGAUAUACGUAUAUGUCCUCGUUAUCCCUGGCUGCCACAACCUAAUCGUGAAGAAAGACUAGCAAAGUUAGCUGAAGCACGUGAACGAUAUGGUUGGGAUCACGGUCUGCCUGGUGUUCCAUCACAACCAUUUGACAGACAUUUAGCUAGUCGUUUUCAAGAGAUUGAAGUUGACCUACAACAGUAGUUACAUUGUCUUCCUGCU